UUUAAAACCUUAAUUUCAGAUGAGUAAAAUGACGUAGUGUUAGGAAAAACAAAAUAAAUUUAUUUAACAGACUUUUCCCAUUCGUAACAAUGAGUGUAGUUUCAAAUUAUCCGAAAUCCUUCUCAACCUUUGAAAUUCUUCGGAAUGGAAUGUGGGCAUUCACCAAGGGGUUUGCAGAUAGUUUGAGGGGAGCUGUAGACUUAUUCCUGUUGGACUACAGACGUGUGCAGGAGAAAGAACAAAAAUUACAACAAAGAGAGAUUGAUAGAGAACUUUUACUAAACAGGGACAGUCCUGCACGGGAUAUUGUAAAUAUUGCGAAGAAACGCGCUAUGGAGCGCAGAGAGAGAGACAAACAAAGAGAAUUGAUAAAACCCAAAAAGAAGGAGCCGAAGAUACUGGAGCGGACUGUUAAAUGUUGUCUUCUAAAUGGAGCUGUGUUUUGGAGCAGUAUUCUUAUAUUUGAGAAUAUCAUCUUACCAGCCGUAGAGAUGCUAGUUUAUGUUUUAACAGCAGGUUCUGGGGAUUCUCUGUGGCUGUAUACCCAACCUAUUCUAUCUCUUCUCUUCUCUACACUCUGGGUUCUUCCAUUCUUCCUUCUCUCAAAGAUUGUCAACGCAAUCUGGUUCCAGGAUAUUGCGGAUUUAGCUUUCCGUUCCACACAAGGUCGACCUUUAGUAAACCUCUCCAUAUCAGUGAUGAUAGCAGAUACAGUUAUAUCUAUAGUAGUGGAAUCUUUAUUCCUUAUUCAGGGUAAAGUGAUAUCUAUGUUACCAAUAGAAAUCCUUGGUUCUGCUUUUAACCUUCUUCAUCUGUGCCUUCUACAUUCUCUCUACAGCUUUGAAUACAAGUGGUUCUCCCAGGGUCUUGAACUACACAAAAGAUUAGAUUUUGUUGAGACAAACUGGCCUUACUUCCUUGGGUUCGGUUUACCCCUUGCUGUUAUCACUAGUCUACCCACCAGUCAGGUUGCUGCUGGUUGCGUUUUCUCAAUUAUAUUUCCUCUAUUCAUAGUAGCUGGUAACCAGGCUAGUAUUGUGCCUAGUCCUGGGGUUCCAAGGCUUAAUAUCUUUGCUCCAACUAUACUACUCAGCAAUUCAGUCUUUGCUCAUACACUCUACAGGUCGUCUAAAGCAGAGAAGAGGCCUACACCACAACGAUAGACUGAUCUAUUGGAAUAUUACCGUAUACUCCAGAAGUACAAUUAGGAUUUGAAUUUGUAUACGGACAUCACUUUUGAAGGGAGAAUAAAAUUACACUAGAAUAUUGUAUACUGUACAGUGUACAGGGUGCUAAAAAUUUAUAAAAUAAUACCAACAACUUGCUUCAUUUAAUUUAGGAGUACAGUAAAUUGACUUUCUAAGUUUGUAUGGUAUAUUUAAUGUAAAUAACUCUAAAUUUUUAUCUGAAACCCAUCCAUCCCAUUAAAGUAAUUAUGUAUUUUUUUAGUAUUGUAAUUACUAAUUAUGUUAUUUAGUUUUUAUGCUUAAUACUUAUUCAUUCAUAAUUUACAUUGGAGAGUUGUAUGCUUCCAUUCUAUUUGUAUUUAAUGUAUUACAUGCCUAUUAUUAAUCUUGCUUGCCAGUACAUAAAACAACAAAAGAACUGAAAAUCUUUUUAUUUAUACUAGUUCCAUUUGAUUUGAAGAUUCAUUACUUGUUAUUACUAAAUCGUGCACAUCACAAUUAAGAUAUUUAAAUUUGGCAUUUAUAAUUAAUAAUAUAUGAAGAUUCACUCUUAUCAAGUUCAAAUCAGAAAAUUAGCUUUGUCCUGCUUAAAUAAUUCUAUUUACAAAUGGAUUUUGAUGUUUUGCUCCAAUUUGUAGAUUUUGCCAUUUGGUUAAAGUUAUUUAUUAUAUUAAAUCAAAUUAUUUAGAUAUCUUAGAAUUAGUUCAAAUUAAUGUAAAAUCAUUAUUUCUUAAAAUACUCUAUUUUGCUUAUUGCUUGGUUGUUUGUAACAGUGUGAGGAAUAAUAUUUAGAGUUGGCGUGUAAAUUUAGAGGGUAUAUUGCCCCCCCCAUUCACCCCCCCCCCCCUCUUCUAAAUAUUCAAAUAAUUGUAGAAACCAUUUUGUUUCAACAAUAAAAAUCUAAACUGGGAAAAAAACUAUUUUAAAGGUUUCUCUGUACUAAAACUUCUUUCUUUCCUGAUAUUUAAUUGUACUGUAUGAUUGUUGGGAUUUCGCUAUGCAAAAAUUUACUCCAGACUUGCUCAAAACAUUUUCAUAUUUACAGAA